GGGGGGAGAUGGUGGGAGUGCUUUGCAUGAGUACAUUCAGAAUGCCAUUGAUGGGAUUAAGGCAGAAAGUCCACAAUUGUGAAAGAGGAAUGGUUUUGUUGUCAGCUUCUAAAAUCAGGAACGUGGGACUUAAUGGGAAAAGUUGUUUAGCAAGAUUCCAGAGAGUGCCAGAUACACAUCUGGGAAGCCUCUGCCUUUCAAGAUUCACUGUUCGGCUGGAGAUUUUCUCUCUCCCUUUUUACAGUGAGGGAGGGGAGACUGGCAAGCGACUGCUAGCAUAUUUUAUAGUGAUAUCAGUACUGAGUCAUUUUUGUUUGCAAGUUCCAACAACCAGAACCAAAUCCCUCCAAAUAAAUACUGAACAGGCUAAUGCCAGCAGUCAGUGAGAGCGGCUCUCAGACUGUUUAAAACAAAAGGAAAAAAUGGGAUCAUCUUGGAUCAAGCACUUUACUCAGGAGUUCACAGUGAAAAAGAUUUCUCCAAUAGCCAGGAAGCCACAGUUAAUUCUACAAUCACAGUGGAGGCUCCAUCCUGUCAUCUGGCUGUGCUAUCGAAUUUUCAUGGCGGUCUACAGCCUGACCUGGUGUAUCUGCAGUGGCGUCCAGACCAACAACGUCAAGUGGUUCAUCUUCCUCACCCAUUUAACCUAUAUCAUGCUCACUGCCUACUUCAACUUGGCAUUGAUCAAUCUUAUUUGCUGCAUGGCAUUUGGGCGAAGGAAAGAAACUCAAAACGUCAAGGAGGCCUCUUUAGCAGAGUUGUCACUCCCCAACCCAAAAGCAGCCACAGAAGUCGAAGGCGGGAGCUCGUCAUGGAUAAAGAGGAAAGAAUUCCCAGCACCACCUUCAUUGCUGCAGUACCCCAUUAACAUCCAGUGGGGUCUGCUCAAUUUGAUCUGUGUAACCAGCCUCUACGUCACCAUCGCUUUCUGGAGCAUUGAUUAUGUCCCGGGGCGUGCGGCCCCUGACUCCAUUAACAUCAACGUGCACGUGGUGAACUCUGUGCUGGUGCUGCUCGAGAUAGGCAUGACAGCAGCUCCUGUUCACCUCGUCCACUUCAUCUAUGUCCUGCUCUACUGCCUGUCCUACAUUCUUUUCACCAUUGUUUACUGGGCACUGGGGGGCACCAACCUCAGGGGCAAGCUGUACAUCUACAGGAUACUCAAUUACAGCAAGUCCCUGGGUGCUGCCGCAGGCUGUAUUAUCGGGAGCCUCUGCAUCGUCUUGCCACUGCUUCAGUUCCUGAUGUGGAACUUACACCUCUUAAGGUGCCACAUAUACCUCAGGCUCACGUGCAAGGACAACAAAGUGUUACACAGUUAACCUGGCUGUAGAUUGCCUUUCUCUCCAAAGCCAGAUUGCAAACUUGGGAGCAAACCCAAAAAUGAAAGAGCUAUAACCACAUCAAACAUCGACAUGCGGAACAGUGCUUCAAUUUUAUUCUUCUGAAAGCAGCCACGAAGUGAAUUUGUUUUUUCCAAGUCAUUAGUUUUGCCAACAUGCCACUAUUUAACUGAUCAUAUAUAACGAUUGUUCAGUUUCUCAACCAAUGUACAUCGAAGUCAAUGGGCUGGCCGAUAUCACAAGUUGUUGUAACAAGAUUGAAGAUUCAGGAUUAUUUGUUGCAUGUACAUCGAAACAUGAGAGUGAACUGUCUCAUUUGUGUUAACAACCAACAGGCCCGAGGGUGUGCUGGGGGCAGUCUGCAAGUGUUGCCAGACGUUACGGCACCGACAUAGUAUGCCCACAAUGGUCGGCAGAACACAGAACACAGAACACAGAACACAACAAGCAACAGAACAGCAACAACAAAACAAGUCCCUUUCUUCCCUCCCACCCACCCACGCACACACACAGUCUUCCUACUCCAGGGCAGGCCUCUAGGCCUCCAGCAGAUAGACUCUGGCCUGCAUUCAGUAGGCUUUGACUUUCCCAAUGGAAUUGCAGUGAUUGGCAGACUCGGCUCUGGCCAAAGGGCCUCAGUUGCUGGACUCCUGAUUCAUCCUCGGGCCUCGAUCUUUGACAUCGAUCCCAAGAUAUGCUGAUGAUUGAGCACCAGGACUCCAAAUCUGGACUCGCCAAUGAUGGGAACCUGAACAUUCUGCCUCAAGGUCCCUUGGCCCACACAGAACUCCUACUCUGGAACCAGCCGACAACUCACUGGCCUGGGGGAAGGCCGCUCAUCCACUCUUUGUGUCAAGCAAAGUAAAAGAUUGGAUUUCCUGGAGAUUAAACCCAAAACUGUAUUUAUAAUCUCUCCAUCUGAUUUCAGACUGGCACUGGACCUAAUAAAUGUCAUAGAGUUGGCUGCUACCAAGAUGCUGCUGAAAUGUCCAAAUGAAGGGGCUUAAGCCAAAACAUUGACUGUCCUUAAUUGAUGAAUUGGGAAUGUGUAAUUUGAGCCUUCAAGCCUGCUCAGAUAUUUAUCAAGAUAGUGGCUGCCCUCUCUGUAACCUCAGCUCCACAUUCCCACUAAAGCAUAACAACCAUUCAAAACCUUGUUUUUCAAGAUUCUAACUACCUUUGGUUUAAAAGUAUUCAGAGUGUCUGUUUCCAAUGCCUGUGGAAAAGAUUUCCAAUGACAGCAAGGGAAAAAGAAAAUCACCUCACAUCUGUCUUAGAAGGAUAAUCACGUCCUUUAAAACAGUGACAUCCUAUUUCCAGAUGGUUUUAUAUGGAAAAACAUACUCAGAACAUCAUGAGAUGCUGCAGGAUGUCAGUGGGCCAAGCAGCAUCUAUGGAGUAAAGUGGACUGUUGGGUUUCGAAUCAAGACCUCUCACUUGGUCAGUUCUGGUCCAGAUGAAGUCUCUCAGCCUUAACCAUCAACUGUUCAUUUCCCUCAAAAGUGGUGCUUGUCCCAUUGAGCCCCCUCCAGCAUUUUGUUUUAUUUUAUCAAGAUGUAGUCACCCAUUGAGAGCAAGGAAUGUUUGUGUGUUGGAAGAGGUAGCUGCUGAAGCACUCUCAAACCCCAAUCCACCACAAGAAAUGUUGCCAAGAAAUGUGGUCAAUGACAGAAACAUCACCAUUACAAACUUCUCCACAACCAGAAGAUGCAAAAGUCUCAAGAGAGCCUCUGCCAAAGCAAACUGUUCACUCCCAGGAACGUAUUACAACUGAAUUAUAUUCGACUCUGCUAACUCAUGAAUAUUGUGGGCUGGCAGGCAAACAUGCAAGGGGAAGAAAAACUAUUUGAAAAGGGAGAAGAUAUAAAAAUUGUAGACCUUCCUUUUAAUAACUUAACAUAGCUUCAAGGAUCAUGCUGCCCCCUACAAACUGGAAAAAAAUGGCCUAUAGCCAUUGAUCCGGAUUUGUCAAUCUAUAGGUUGCUUGGUGGCCAAUGGCUUCAUCUAUUUUCCCAGCUGAUCCCAUAUCCAAAUAUUAUAGGGUCAUGAAGAGAGCUUCAUAAAACGGGGCAUUGAGUACAUAUUGAAGUUGAAUAAGACAUUGGUGAGGCCUAAUUUGGAGUAAUACGUGCAGUUCUGGUCACCUAGCUACAGGAAAGAUAUCAAAAAGGUCAAAGCAAUGUGGAGAUAUUUUCCCAUAACUUGAGGACCUGAGUUAUAGGGAAACAUUGAAUAAACUAGGAAUUUAUCCUCUGGAGUGCAAGAGAAUGAGGGGAGAUCUUAUAGAGAUAGACAGAACCAUAAGGGGUAUAGAUAGGAUGAAUGCAUGAAGGUUUUUCCCCUAAGGUUGGGUGAGACUAGAACUAGAGGUUAUUGGUUAAGGAAGAAAGGUGAAAUAUUUAAAGGAAAUAUAAGGGGGAACUUCUUCACUCAGAGUGUGCUGUGAGUGUGGAACGAGCUGCCAGAAGAAAUGGUCAACGCUGAAUCAAUUGUAAUAAUGAGAGAAGUCUGGACAGGUAUCUGAAUGGGAAAUGUUUGGAGGGAUAAGGUCUGAGUGCAGAUAGAACAUCAAACAUGGAAUAUAGAACAGUAGAGUACAGUACAGGACCUUCAGCCCAUGACGUUGUGCCAGUCCAAGAUCAAUCUAACACUUCCCUCGCACAUAGCCUUUCACUUUUCUUGCAUCCACGUGCCAAUCUAAGAGUCUCUUAAAUGCCUGGCUAUAUCUGCUUCUAGCACCACCCCUGACAGUGUGUUCCUCGCACUCACCACUCCUUGUGUUAAAAAAAAACUUAAGUACCUCUGACGUCCCCCUGUACUUUCCCCCAACUACCUUAAAAUUAUGCCCUCUUGUACGAGACAUUGCUACCCUGAGAGAAAAGUUCUGGCUCUAUGAAUGCCUUUUAUCAUCCUUGCACACUAUUGAAGAGGUACUGGUGAGCCAACUUCAUCAACCACCAUAGUAAUUGCUGUGAUGCUACCUCUACAGUAGCAUUGCAUAGCGAAUUCCAAUACUUAAACUUGGAGGCAAUGAAGAAACAUCAAUAUACACUCAGUGGCCACUUUAUUAGGUACCUCCUGCUUCUGUAGUCUAGCUACUUCAAAGUUCAACAUGUUGAGUGUUCAGAGAUGCACUUCUGCCUACCAUUGUUGUAACAUUUAUACAUUUGAGUUACUUUCACCUUCCCAUCAGUUUGAAACAGUCUGGCCAUUUUUCUCUGACCUCUUUCGCUAACAAGACGUUUUUGCCCUCAGGACUGCUACUCACUAGAUAUUUUGUGUUUUGUUUUGUUUUUUCACACCAUUCUUUAAACCCUGUUGUGUGUGAAAAUCACAGGAGGGGAGCAGUUUCUGAGAUACUCAAACCAUUCCAUCUGGCACCAACAAUCCUUCCUCGGUCAAAGUCACUUAGAUCACAUCUCCUUCCUGUUCUGAAGUCCAGUCUGAUCAACAACUGACCCUCCUAACCACGUCGGCAUGCUUUUGGGCAUUGAGCUGCUGUCACAUGAUUGGCUGAUUACAGUAUUUGCAUAAAUGAGCAGGUGUACCUAAUAAAAUGGCCACUGAAUAUAUAGAUAUGCAGGAGCAGAGAGACCAAAUCACCUUUCAAAUAAUGUGUUACCGUUUUACCCUCUACCCAGCUUCUGGAGAAAUAUCCAUGUAUGUAUCUGGUUCACCUUUUAUGUAUACAUUACAUAUUGUCAGCAUAUUCAACGCAUAUAUUUGGACAUAUCAAUUCUCAAAGAUAUUAAAUACCUGUACAGAAUCCAUGUAACUGUAAAGUAUAUUGUAUUAUUGUUUUCCCAAUCCAAGUUAUGUACUUCCUAAUAAAUACAAAGUAUGCAUCUCAUGAAGUACUGUCAGGUUCACUAUGAGUUAUGUGCAUGGUAUUGGUGGAUAGUUGUUACAUUACCCUGUCCUCCCUUUUAUCAGCGAAGAUUCAAAGUGCAUUUAUUAUCAAAGUAUAUUUGCAGUAUGCAACUCUGAGGUUUGUCUUCCCACAGACUGUCACGGAAGUGAAAAAAAACCAGGAGCCUGUUCGGAGCAGAACGUUCCCUGUUCCCAGCAGUAACAAUUCAUUUGUAAAGGGGCAGAGAAAGGGUCCUGACAAAGGGUCUCAGCUUGAAAUGUCAAAUGUUUAUUCCCCUUCAUAGAUGCUGCCUGACCUGCAUUCUGUGUGUUGCUGAGCAUCCUGCUGAGUUUCUCCAAAGGGUUGUUCGUUCCUCAAUUACCUACCGUGUUCUGACCGGUAUCUACAACAUUGAAUCUGAAUCAGAAUCAGACAUUCAUUUAGUAUGAACUACUUGCAAAGCGAGUAAGACAAUUUGUAAAGUAAUUGUUUUCAUUAUAAUCUUAUUUAUUAUUUUUAGUUAUGAUCAUAUAAUCUCAGCACUGUAGUGCAGUGGCUUUACAAUGCCGGUGAUCAUUGAUUGGAGUUUGUUUCCUGCUGCUGUCUAUAAAGAGUUUGCACCUUCUUCCCAUGAUAACGGGGAUUUCAUCCGGGUGUUCUGAUUUUCCUCCACGUUCCAAAGAUGUACAGUUAGUGUUAGGACUAGUAAACUGUGGGCAUGCUACCUUGCCACUGGAAGUGGCCUAUCUCCAGCACAAUCCUUGUUAUUUUGAUUCGACACAAACGACAUGUUUCGAUGUAUGUUUCAACGAGCAAAUAAAGCUGAACUUUAAAUAAGGCUAAUCUUCAAUCCCCAGAUCACAGAUGAUAUCAUACUAGUGAACUCAAUAUUGCAUCGAUAAUCCUGUCUGGAUCAAUAAUAUGUUUGACAUUUAGUGUAUAAACAUAAAUGUUUUUAUCAUUAAAGAGAUUGAUUGAUUGAUUGAUUAUUUAUGUAUGUAUGUAUGUAUGGAGUCAAGGCACAGAAUAGGCUCUUCCGGCCCUUCGAGCUGCACUGCCUAGCAAUUCCCAGUUUAAUCCUACUCUAAUCAUGGGACAAUUUACAAUGAUCAACUGGUACAUCAUUGGACUGUGGGAGGAAACUGGAGCACCUGGUGGAAACCCAUCCAGUCAUGGGGAGAACAUAGAAACUCCUUCCAGACAGCAGCGCAUUGCAUGAGAUAUUUGCAAAAGGUCCCAUAAACUCUUGAAACCCCUUUUUACUGGGCAUCUGUGGAAAUACAGCCUGUUAACCCCUCGAUAACAGCCACUGGACUCCACGGCGAGAAACCCUCCGUUCUCAGGCUCCAUAUAUCUAGUGUGUAUACACGUUGGUCCCACCAAACCCAUGAGAUUGGGAUGUCUUGCCCAUUGUUGGGCACGUGGCCAAGUGGUUAAGGCGUUCGUCUAGUGAUCUGAAGGUCACUAGUUCGAGCCUCAGCUGUGGCAGCGUGUUUGUGUCCUUGAGCAAGGCACUUAACCACACAUUGCUCGAGUGUCUGUGCGAGGAGUGGUGCCCCACACAGGCUUCCAAUCUGCGCCUUGUAAGGCAUGAAAAUG